AUGGCGCCCUCGUCGUUUAAACUUAACACGGGCCAGGAGAUCCCCGCUGUCGGAUUCGGAACAUGGCAAGCAGCACCGGGUGAAGUCGCCAAAGCCGUCGAGCUCGCGCUGAAACAUGGAUACAAGCUAGUCGACGCUGCUUACUGCUAUGCGAAUGAGGAAGAGGUCGGACAGGGCCUAAAGGCAGCCUUCGACGCUGGCUACGCCAAGCGCGAGGACAUCUUCGUCAUGACAAAAGUGUGGAAUACAUAUAGCAGCCGCGUCGAGCUAGGCCUAGAUAAAUCUCUCAAGGCGCUUGGCCUCGAUUACGUCGACCUUUUCCUCGUGCACUGGGCCGUCGGCAUGAACCCUAACGGUAACGACGACCGCUUCCCCAAGCUACCUGACGGCAGCCGUGAUAUUCUCUGGGACCACGACCACGUCGCGACCUGGAAGCAGAUGGAGGGUCUGCUCAAGACCGGCAAGACGAGGGGCAUUGGUGUCUGCAACUACAGCAAGCCCUACCUAGAGCAGCUGCUCGCCAAGGCUGAAGUCGUGCCCGCCAUCAACCAGAUCGAAAACCACCCGGCCUUACCCCAGCAGGAGGUCGUCGACUUCUCCAAGGAGAAAGGCAUCCACAUUGUGGCAUACAGCCCCUUAGGCAGCACAGGUGGACCGCUGUUGCAGAGCGAGCCCGUGGCCAAGGUCGCCCAGAGGAAGGGCGUCAGCCCGGGAACUAUAUUGUUGAGCUACCACGUCGCCAGAGGCGCCACCGUGCUGGCUAAAUCCGUAACCGAGUCGCGCAUCAAGGCUAACCUCGAGAUCGUCGACCUCGACUCCGAAGACUUGAAGAUUCUGAACGAUUACUCGGACGGCCUUGUCAAGGAGGGCAAGGUCCUGCGCUAUGUGUAUCCGCCGUUUGGAAUCAACUUCGGCUUCCCGGAUAAGAAGGAGGGUAGGAGUCUACCGAAUGGCUUUGCGGGGUGA